UCCUCAGAUAAACGACGCUUAUUUGACACAGAGUCACUUAAUUGGACUCGCUUGGCCACGGCUGGAGGCGACAAAGUUAUCCGUCUCUGGCGUGUUGAUCUAGAGCCGGUCAGUGCUUGUUGUAAGGUGUCUCACAACUUGGAUGCUGCUAAACCAGCCCCCGUCAUCGGCCCUUCCAGUAAUGUGUCGGGCCCUCUCUUCGGUAACUGCGCUCCUUUCAUGGGGAUUUCCAGUGGUGUCAGUUUGAGCUCGUACUUAGCCGAUUCACAGCCACCUCCACCAGCCAAACGCCACUCUCUUCGAAGUGUGGAGUGCACAAGCGUCCCAAAGCCGACGGAAGGAGGACUUAUUUUCCUCACCUCUCUUCGUAGGCACGAGAAGCCGGUGAAUGUCGUACGUUGGUCACCUACAGGUUUGUGA